AUUGCUUUUCCCCCCGUCGCGUUAUCGUGUGUGUGUGUCUUGUAUAUGUAUAUAUAUAUAUAUAUAUAUGCCUUGGAAAAGCAACACCAAAAAUUUGAUAUGUGCAAAGUUUGACGACUACGUGCUGCCUGUGAUUCUAUUUCGCAUAACUGCUGACGCAAAGAACUAGAAGUGAAGAGAAGGCGGGCUCGUAGUUUUUGACCUUACUGUACCACCCACACCACCCCCCCCACAUCAGCGAGUGAGAGGCGGACAAAAAAAAACAGAUAACAAGAGAGGGAGGACAACCGUAGGGACGAGCCACGUCUAGGACGUGGGCCACCCAACCUCCACAUCCAACCUCCCCCCACGCCCCCACCACACCCCAAAAAUGGAUGACGAUCAGCAGUUCUGUCUGCGGUGGAACAACCACCAGAGCACACUGAUCAGCGUGUUCGACACAUUGCUGGAGAACGAGACUCUAGUCGAUUGCACGCUAGCCGCCGAGGGCAAAUUUCUCAAGGCCCACAAGGUGGUGUUAUCAGCAUGCAGUCCCUACUUUGCUACCUUACUACAAGAACAGUACGACAAGCAUCCCAUCUUCAUACUCAAGGAUGUCAAGUACCAGGAGCUGCGCGCCAUGAUGGACUAUAUGUACCGCGGCGAGGUGAACAUCUCGCAGGAUCAGCUGGCCGCUCUGCUCAAGGCGGCCGAGUCGCUGCAGAUCAAGGGUCUGUCGGAUAACCGCACCGGCGGCGGUUCAUCAGCCCCCAAGCCAGAGCAGCAGCAGCAUCAUCGCGGCAAGCUGGGCGGCGCCUACACACUGGAGCAGACCAAGCGCGCUCGCCUUGGCACCGCCAGUGGGAUGGACGUCUCCGGGGAUGUGUCGGGAUCUCGCGAGGGCUCCUCGAGUCCGUCGCGACGUCGUCGAAAAGUCAGACGUCGUAGCAUGGAGAAUGAUGUCCACGACAACUCCAACUCGUCCGUGUUGCAAGCCGCCUCGAAUCAGUCACUCCUCCAGCAGACAGGCGCCGGUUUGGCCGUCUCCGCUCUGGUCAGCACCCAGUUGGCCAGCGGACCGUCCGCCGGUUCCAGCAGCCAAACCUCGUCGACCCAGCAGCAACAGCCAUUGACCAGCACCAACGUUACCAAAAAGACUGAAAGCGCUAAACUAACAUCCUCGACAGCCGCCGCCGCCCCAGCGACCGGAUCAGCCACCGCAUCAGCGGGUACUGCCGGCCAGCAGCAGCAGGGUCAGGGUCAGGCCCAGAAUCCAAGCGAUGCCAUCAACACCGAUAACGUACAAGCCCAGAGCCAAGGCGGCGCCCAAGGCGUCCAAGGCGAUGACGAGGAUAUGGAUUCGUCGAGCGGUGCUGUUAGUGGUGGAUCUGUUCCCGCUACCGGUGGUGCUGCUGCCAUUCAUACUGGUGUGGUGGUGAAGCAGCUGGCCAGCGUCGUUGACAAGUCCUCGAAUCACAAACAGAAGAUCAAGGACAACAGCGUCUCGUCGGUGGGCUCCGAAAUGGUGAUUGAACCCAAGGCCGAAUAUGACGAUGAUGCGCACGACGAGAACGUUGAGGACUUGACACUGGACGAGGAGGAUAUGACAAUGGAGGAGCUGGACCAGACGGCCGGCACCAGUCAGGGUGGCGAAGGAUCUAGUCAGACUUAUGCAACAUGGCAGCACGACAGAUCUCAGGACGAACUCGGACUCAUGGCACAGGACGCACAGCAACGGGAUCCCCAAGACUUUGGCCGCCUGUCCCCCGCCCGCGGCUACCAACUGCUGGGCAUCAAGACGAGCCCCUACACGAGUCCCAUCGGCACUCCCGGGCCGGGAGUCAUCAAGUUGGAGCCGGGCACCGGCGGCCUGGAGGACCACAACGAGCACGAACUGCGGAUGGACAGUGGCCGGGCCACUCCAACCCACGGCCCCUGGAAGGUCCCCAAGACCCAGCCGCGCCACGGGAACGGGGACAACGACGACGACGACAGCAACGACGAGGAGCCCUGCGACCUGCGCAUGGACCUGACCAAGGCUCUGCUGGCGGCGGCCGCCCACGAAAGCGGGGCCGUCGCCCUAGCCCUGGGUCAUCAUACCCACCACUUAUCGCAACCCCAACAUCAUCACCAGCAGCAGCCGUCGCAGCACUCCCUCAGUCGCGCCCGGCCGCACCUGAUCUUUACGGGCGGAGCAGCCACUGGCCAGGACCCCUCGAGCAGUGCCGCUGCGGUGAUUGUGGCUGCAGCGGCAGCUGGCCUGGCGGCCAACAAUACAAGUGCCUCGGUAGCCGGAGCAGCUGGAGGUUCUGGAAGCAUAACCGGAGGAGGUGCUUCAGGCGGUGCAUCCACCUCGGCGGCAGCGGCGGCUGCAGCAGCAAUGGCAGCAGCAGUCCCUGCAGGUUGGAGUGGAAGCGGAGGAGGAGUGUCCAGUGGCGGAGUGGGAGGGAACACUUCCUCCGGCGGUGGCGGCGGCGGCGGUGGAGGAGCCUAUGCCUGCGACAGAUGCGGCAACACCUAUGCCCGGCCACACAGCCUCAACCGGCAUGUGCGAUUCGAGUGCGGGGUGGAGCCGAAGUUCGAGUGCCCCAUUUGUCACAAGAAGUCAAAGCACAAACACAAUCUCGUGCUGCACAUGCGCACCCACCAACAUCGAUGAUACAACAAAUGCUGCAACGACGAAGGCCAUCAAAAACCGAGACACCGACGACGGCGACGCCAGGCACUCCAGGAGCAUCCGACCAAUCCGACAGAGAAACGGGCUUGAAUGAGGUUUGAGAAUCGGACGGAGUGUAGCGGGUCAGUCAGGUCAGAGUCCCAAGUCCUAAACAAGAAUCCAGAAAUAAUGAGAAAGUUCAGUCCAGUCCAGAGCGUGGUUUUAUGUAAUCUUUUCCAAAUGAUCUUGAAACAUAUAGUCGUUUUUUUAACACCCACAUACAAGUUAUCUAUAUAGAAGUAUCAGCCUAAACGUAAUACUAACGCGUAACUAUUUGUAUAUACAAGCGGGAAAUCUAACAAAUUCUAAUUUAAUUCUAAACAUUUAUGUUUUUUUUUUUUGGCUCCCUUUUAAAGUUGAAAGUUAAAAAGUUGUUUGGAAAUUGGCAAAGUCAGCGUCAGAGUCAGAGUCAGGAGGUGGAGGAACCAGGAGCGCGCGAGAGUUGAGUCUAGAGCGCCACCGCAUGUUGCAUGAUAUCUGUGUGUGUAAAUCCUUAGGCAAACUCAAUGAUCUCAACGAAUUUUUUUCUUGAUUGUGGUGAAAAUGUAUGGGGAAUAUGAUGGGGAAAAUAUAUGCAUUUUAUUGUAGCAGCAGAGCCAACAAAACAGCAACAGCAACAGCAACAAAACAAAAAGUAACAUUCACAUAAUUAUAGUGUAAUUUCUAGUGCAGGUCACUCUCGCGCGUUCUUCAAGGAUAACGAAAACAAAAAAUAUAAAAUAAAAUGAUAUAAUACAGUCAGAAGAUAGGAGUCAGGAGUCAGAAGUCAGCAGUCUAGAGUCAAGAGUCAGAGAUAUAUAAUAUAUGUGUAUAUAGAGCUUAAGUUUAGACCCCAAAUCGGAAUUGGCAAGAUCAUGUGCAAUAUGAAACGGGCACCAGAGCAAAUUAUAGGAAGAAAUCAGUCGUCAGUCGUCGUUCUUUACCUUUUCACGUUUCUAAUUUCUAAUUUCUAAUUUUGUUCGUUUUUUAUGUAAUAUGGUAUAGUUAGAGAUAUUCACAAACUCACAUCGUUCGAAAGUGAAGGUUGCUAAAACAAAAGUUUGCUUAGGAACGCACCCCAAAGGCCACCGGAAUGCAUGAUAAAGGAUAAAAUAUAAAAAAAAAAGGAAAUAUUAUUAUCCAUAUUAUUAACCAAUUAUAGUUAGUAGUUACAACUCAACGAUCUCUGUCUACUCUUUUUUCGAAAAACAAAAACGACAAAAAGCAAAACAAUUUAUUAAUUUAUCUUGUGCUCAUUCCAUGAACGUUUUUUUUUAAAUUUAAAUUAUGUUUUAAUUACGAACCACGAUAUGUGAUAGCGGGAAUUUUAAUUUGACCAAAAAUACCAAGGAGAAUCAAAAUUAGCGUGGCUUUGGGUUCAGGCGCCCCUACACAAGGCAAACGAACAGUUUGAGGAAAAACGAAAGGAUAAACAACAAAACAAAGGAAAACUAAAUCAGUUAUUAAUUAUUUUUAAAUAACAUUAAUCGUAAAUCGUAAACUAAAGUGAGUGUGCGAGGCGGGGCGGGGCGAGGCGAGGAAGAGGUAGGAUGGAAAGUUUCGGAGCGGAAGGAAUUGGCAAUGUUAACGGGUUGGGGGAACUCGCAUCGAGUCACAGUCAGAAAAAUAAAUUGGUAUGUGAUAUAAAGAAUAUAGUCCUCAUUGUAAUUAAUCGUAAUCCUAAUUGUAUAUUUUUUCUUGUUAAAAAUAAUAAUUUACAACACUUGUCAAAAUUGAAGGCGCAACAUGAAAUGUUACACGAAGAAGUCUAGUUAUGAAACGAUAUAUAAAUGGUAUAUAUAUAGGAUAUAUAUAUUAUUGAUGAGCUUUUGUUUAACCCACAUUCAGAGACACAUGAAACACAAAACACGAAUUAACGUUUUGAUAAUUGUUGGUAUACAAAAAAAAAAUAAAGUUAAAAAAGAGCUUAAAUGUAUAACAAACUUGCUUAGGUACUUCAUAAAAAAAUCAAUUGUUGACAACUAAAAAAAUCAUUUAAAAAAAAAAACACAUAAUGGGGCGCAUACCGUUGUUUGUUGUCAGUUUUCAAGUUUGUGCCACACAAAAAAUGUGAUAAAAAAAAUAUUUAAACAACAGGCAACAAAUUGGCACAAAUCCACACAAAAUAUGUACGAAUAAAAAAUUGUUUCAAUUUUGCAAAGAAAACAAAAAAACAAAAUUCUUAUCGGUCAGUAUUCGAAUUAGGUGAGGAAAUUUUAAAUUUAAAAAAUUUUAAAUUUGUUGUACAUUUAGAAAAAGAAAAACAAAAACAAAAAAGGAAAAAAACAAAAUAACUCGAUUGGCUAACUGCUUUUUGAUCCAUACAUUUUAUAAUAAAGUAUACUUUAUAAUCGCUUUCUUGCGCUAGUCAGUCUGUAGAAAGUUUGCUUAUCAUUUUGUUAGGCCUUAAAUUUAAAAUAACAAUGUGCACUACACGAAAUUCACAUAAGUGUGUAUCCGUUUUUUUUUUUAUAUAAUCUGUAAUAAUCUAAACGCGAUUUAUUUAACCGUUUUUUUUCUAAGGUUGUGGUUCUUAUUUAUCUAUACAAGUAAUAAUUUUAACUACCUUUCUAAGUGACUAAGUGAAACACAUUUGAUUUUUUGUUACAACAAGAGCAAAAACUAUGCCUAUUUUAUAAUUUAUCAACAGCGCAUGUGAUGGACUCGAAGUGAACCAAAAAUCUAAACGAAAAUUGUAUGAAAGUUGAAGACAAGAUACCAGCAAUUUCUUUGGUCCAAAAAUGGCGAUACUUUCGAGUCGUAUAGUUAAAAUUUAAAGGAAAGCAUGUGAUAAAUUUCAAUAUAAUUUGAUUAACAAACAAAUUUACUAACAAAAAACAAUUAAGCCCACACCCCCACACACAAAAUAAAACAACAGAUAAUUUACAUACAUAUAUGGAUGGAAAUGUAUAUCUAUGUAAGUUUGAACUUGUUUUUUUUUUGGCGACCCAAGCUUAAAAUAAAAUAUAAAGAAAUAUUUUUCGAGAAAUUGUACUAACACAGAAGAUAACUCUAUUUCUACUAACAUGUAUCCUUAUUAAUUCUGUUAAAUAAACAAUAUCAAAGAUUUAUAACACACCCCAAAAAACACACAAAAUACACAAACAUUAAAACAAAAAAAAAGUUGUAAACAAGGAGCUGUGAAUGUAAAAUUAUAUGUAACGAAAAAUAUCUAAGAUAUAGAUACAACAAGCAUACAAACAUAUAAAGGUAUCGAUGUGAUUAAUUGUGAUUGAAAUGAAAUGAAGCGCAGAUCAGAUCGGAUCGGAUCGGAUUGAAAAACGAGUAGAUCGGAGCAGAAGCGGGUGGGCAAUAGGUUGGGUAUUGGACGUGAGAAAGGCUUUCUUUUCAAACACAAGCACACACACAUAACACACAACACACAAACACAAAAAAUAAAAAUUGAAAAAAAAAAUAUACAUAUGUUUUUUAGGGAAAUCUGAUAUUUAUGUUUGAUUUUUGUUUCGUUUUUGUUUCAAUAUUAUUUCCGUUAAACAAUAGCUGCAAGAACUAAUCAUAAUUCAAAUGGGGAAUUAAACACA